CGGCUCCCACAAAAAGUGUGUGUGUAAAAAACUAGCAAAAAAGAAAAGAAGGAGGCUGAAAGACACGAAGAAAUCUAGGAGGAGGAGUAGGAGAAAAAGUAAACUUAAGAGGAACGCUCUGCCGACGCAAACGUCAACACCAACGCCGUCGCCGCUGCCGCCUGAAAUUUUGCUCGCAAAUAUUUAUCGAAAUUUAUUUGGUAAGAAGAUCUCGAACUCGAGCUUCUCUUACCAAAUGAUUUCCCUGCUGCAAAUGAAAUUUCAGGCGCUUUUGUUGUUGCUAUCAAAAGUCUGGACAUGUAUUUGCUUUAUGUUCAAUCGCCAAGUGCGAGCUUGUUUCCAGUAUCAGCCGGUUAAAUAUGAAUUGUUCCCGCUGUCGCCCGUCUCCCGACACCGUUUGAGUCUAGUGCAGCGGAAAACAUUGGUUCUUGAUCUGGAUGAGACUCUAAUACAUUCGCAUCACAAUGCAAUGCCAAGGAAUACGGUUAAGCCGGGUACACCGCAUGAUUUUACCGUUAAAGUGACAAUCGAUAGGAAUCCAGUGCGUUUCUUUGUACACAAACGACCACAUGUUGAUUACUUUUUAGAUGUGGUAUCACAAUGGUACGAUCUGGUUGUAUUCACAGCCAGUAUGGAGAUAUAUGGUGCUGCUGUGGCCGAUAAACUGGACAAUGGUCGAAAUAUAUUAAGGCGUCGUUAUUAUAGACAACAUUGUACGCCCGAUUAUGGCUCGUAUACCAAAGACUUGUCUGCCAUAUGCAGUGAUCUGAAUAGGAUAUUUAUAAUUGACAAUUCACCCGGCGCAUAUCGUUGUUUUCCAAACAAUGCAAUACCUAUUAAGAGUUGGUUCUCCGAUCCAAUGGAUACGGCGCUGUUAUCUCUGCUUCCCAUGCUAGAUGCAUUACGUUUCACCAACGAUGUCCGUUCGGUGUUGUCACGUAAUUUGCAUCUGCAUCGCCUGUGGUAGUAGCGGAUAGUAGUGGGUAGUGGGCAGCUAGUGCUAGCCACCUAAGCCUAAAACCUUUAUUAGGAAAUACCAAUUAAGAUGAAGUCAACCCUUUCACACAUUAACAACUAUAAUUAUCAACUGUAACAACAACAACAACAACAAAAACAACAACAAAUUGUGGUGCUGUGACACAUAAACGAAUUUUUUCAUUAUAUUAAUUAUUAUGUUUAUACAAAAAAAAAAAAAAGAAAGAAAAGAAAUCAGAAGGCGACAAGAGAAGCUAAAGUUAUGAAACAAGAGCAUACAAAGGAAAACACAACAACAAAAUAUAGCGAAAAGGAGAUCAGAUGCUGGCUAACUCAAUCGUUUUUGGCUUCUUUUCUUCUUCUCCUAUGAAAUGUAUUACACAAAACAAAAAAAAAAACAAAAAAAAAAAGUGAAAUUGUAUGUAACCAUAUAAACAAUUAUAAUAAUUGGUUUAAAUAUUAAUUUUUUUUUUUAAUAUUAUGAUUUUUUGUGUUCUUAUACUUAUUUUUCCUUGUAAAUUUGUUGUGCGAAAGCGUUGGAAAAGGGCAAAAGAAAACUAUUAUUAUAAUUAUGACCACUAAAUUUAAGUUAAUUGUAUGUUUCUGUAUACAUUUAUAUAUAGAUUUAUAUAUACACAUACAUACAUA